UUCAGAGGCAGACCAAAAAAAAAACUAAAAAGGGGUCCAGUACUUGUGAACUGAGCUCAAAAUGAGAGUUCAUGUAAAACUCCUCACCUCUAUUUUUUUUUUCUUUUUUUUUUUCAAAAUGUCAAGGCAAGUGAUUUGUCAUUGUUGUUGUUUAUUUGAAUGUCUUUUCUAUUAAGAUUUUACAGACUUUACAGUAAAUAUUAUAUUAUAUUAUAUUAUAUUCAGUUUCCAAAACAUUUAUCUGACCUUAUGUAGCUUUGGAGAGUUUGUUGAUUAGUUGUGUGUGUUCUUCAGCAUUUAAUAGAUAAAACAGACACAGUUUCCUUUCAGUCAGUCACUCUCAACAUCACGUGGGUGACAGAUGAAAUGGGAUAUCGCUUCGAUAGACCAAUCUACUUCGAGUGUAAACUAAACAAGCCAAUGCACAUUGGCAUGCAAUUAUUGCAUCCAGCUCCAGCUGACCACAGCGUGAGUAUAAGAAGGCAGCAGGUGCAGUGCAUACCAGCUUUUUGCUUCAGAGGCAAGGGACAACAUCAUUCUGCUCUGUCCAAGUGUCUUCAGUGAGCUACGAGUUCAACGCACUAAAAUAACUAAAAUAAGUCUUUUACCACAAUUGCAUCACAUUUUGGGCGGCAGGAGGGAAGGGGGCGGUUGCUUUUUAUCUACAUUUCACAGACUUCACGGAUUCAUAUCACCUUUGCUCUUAAGGGUUGUGAAUAAUUCUUUUGGAAAACAGCUUAAAAUGAAAUAUUGGGAGAUGUUUCUCUUUCUUCUAUUAACGCUCAUAGCUGUCUCAACCAAUGCUCAAGAAGUUACCUGCGAGGGGGAACAACUCAUCAAUGUUGACAUUUUAUUUGGACAUCCAAGUUUCGUUUCACCUUACAAACCUGGACAUAUUUUAGUUUUUCGAUGCACUGAUGUGAACCUGAAGAUGCAUGGACAUCGAGUAAUUGAAUGCCAGCCAGAUGGAAAAUGGGAUCACCCGUAUCCGACAUGUAGAGAAGUUACCUGUGAGGGGGAACAGCUCAUCAACGUUGAAAUUUUAUUUGGACAUCCAAGUAUCGUUUCACCUUACAAACCUGGACAUAUUUUAGUUUUUCGAUGCACUGAUGUGAACCAGAAGAUGCAUGGACAUCGAGUAAUUGAAUGCCAGUCAGAUGGAAAAUGGGAUCAGCCAUAUCCGACAUGUAGAGUCCCAGGGAAAUGUGGUCCACCACCAACAGUGAACGAUGGAGAUACAACAGAUAUUGCAAAAAAAGAAUACAACACAGGAGAGAGAAUUGAAUUCAUCUGCUUUAAUAAAUACAAACUGGAUACACGUCCCACUUUCUCCAACAUCUUGACCUGUGUGCAAGGAGAAUGGAGAGGAAAGGUUAAGUGUUUAAAGCCCUGUACAGUGACAGUGGAGAUAAUGAAUGAAAGAGGAAUAGAGUUCGCCUUCACUGAUCAACAAAAGUUGUUUGCACCACAUGAUGAUCACUUCACCUUUAGGUGUCAGUGGGGCAAAAGAUCAGUAGGUUUUGACUUCAGACAACAGUGUAAUGAUGGAGAGAUGACUUUGCCUGAGUGUGUGUGACAGUGGAAAUAAAACAUAGAUGAAGCAUCAGCUGUACUACUAGGUAAAAACAAAAGGAGCAGAUCAAAAUAAAAUAAAACUUCCCUAUUCA